GUAAGAGCUAAAAAUGUCGGCUGCUCUCGAUCCCGUCCCAUGUUCUUUGUCAGUCAUGCCUCUGCACGUGAUCAACGAAAUUUUAGACCACAUGGAAAUUAUCGAUUUAAUGGUUCUUAUGAAAGUGUCUCGAAACUUUCGAAGUGUUGUUCGAAAUAUGAAAGUUUUGAUCAAUUGGCUUACUUUGAAUUAUUCUGAAAAGUUACACUGUGUAUCGAUUGUCUAUAACAUGCGCUAUCAUAUUAGGUAUGAGCAAAAGGAUGGAGGUUGUGUUGUUGUUUACUAUUUUGGUAGUCCCAAACGCAAGGAAAUACAGAAAUUUGUGGCUGGUGAGGACUAUGUAGAGCUAUGCAACAAGGAUCUCAAGUUGAUGAUUGAAAAUCGAAAGGUUCAAUUGGAAACAUUCCUACCUGUUUUUGACGGAAUUGAAAACGAAGCCCGUAAAAAUUUCAUUGACGGCAUUGAGAAAACUCUCAAAUCAGCGGAAAGCUUGUCAUUAAAAACUAUCCAAUCACACCACGUUUCAUUCCAAGAACUUGCCCAACUGUUGCCCAUUUUCCCUGCGAAAAAAUUGGAAUAUCUUUAUUUAUACGGGAGGAUGGAUGGCCCAGGAUAUGAGCAGCUGAUUAACCUGGAUCAAUGGAAACAAGCUAGAAAAUUUCAUGGAUUUUCUAAGAAUUUGAUUAUUCCAAUUGAACACUUUUUCAUUUCGAGAGGUUUGAUGUUCGUCUCGAAACUUUCACAGAAGGUGAUGCAAUGAAAAUUCGUAAUCUGAUUGAUAGAUCUUCUCACUUUGUUCAUGCUGGGAUUCACUUCAGAGAUAUGAACAUCAGAAAGCUGAAAAGAGAAUUUGCUGAGGAGCGAAAUUUCGUUCACCAAACUCCUGACAAAAGAUCUUUCAAUGUGGAAAUUUGUCGCGAUGGGCUUAUUAUCAAUAGAACGGGAUAAAUAUUCGAGUGCACUUUAAUUGAGACUUCAUGCCUAAUACUUCGUUAUUUUGUACAUCUACGUCCAUUUUCCACAAUAAAAUAUUAAAAUUAAA